GUAGAGGCGGAAGUUGAUGGGACUGACGCAGAUGGGGGAACCUUGCCUCGAUGGCACUUUCCUGUCCGCGACUCCGCCCCCGCCGGAGGGGCUAGGCUCCGGGAUUCAAGAUGGAGGCGCUGAGUCGAGCUGGGCAGGAGAUGAGCCUGGCGGCCCUGAAGCAACACGACCCUUACAUCACCAGCAUCGCAGACCUCACGGGCCAGGUUGCUCUGUACACCUUCUGCCCCAAGGCCAACCAGUGGGAGAAAACUGAUAUAGAAGGGACCUUAUUUGUAUAUCGAAGGUCAGCUUCCCCUUACCAUGGUUUUACCAUUGUGAAUCGACUAAAUAUGCACAAUCUAGUUGAACCAGUGAAUAAAGAUUUGGAAUUUCAGCUCCAUGAACCAUUUCUUCUGUAUAGAAAUGCAAGCUGUUGAGAAAACAAGAGGCUCAGAGUUGUUUAGGAACCUGCUCAAGAUUCGCAAAGUGUCGAUAUAUAGUAUCUGGUUUUAUGACAAGAAUGACUGUCACCGCAUAGCAAAACUCAUGGCUGAUGUGGUAGAAGAGGAGACACGGCGAUCCCAGCAAGCUGCGCGGGAUAAACAGAGUCCCAGCCAAGCCAAUGGCUGCAGCGACCACAGGCCCAUCGACAUCCUGGAGAUGCUGAGCAGAGCCAAGGAUGAGUAUGAGAGGAAUCAGAUGGGCGACUCAAAUAUCUCCAGCCCUGGGUUACAGCCAAGCACUCAGCUCUCCAAUCUGGGAAGCACUGAGACUCUAGAAGAAACGCCCUCUGGGUCACAAGAUAAGUCUGCUCCAUCUGGACACAAGCAUCUGACGGUAGAAGAGUUAUUUGGAACCUCUUUGCCAAAGGAACAGCCAGCAGUUGUGGGUCUGGAUUCAGAAGAAGUGGAGAGGUUGCCAGGAGAUGCCUCCCAGAAAGAGCCCAAUUCAUUCCUACCAUUUCCCUUUGAGCAGUCAGGAGGAGCCCCUCAAUCAGAAACCCUGGGUGUCCCUUCUGCUGCCCACCACUCAGUCCAGCCUGAAAUCACCACCCCGGUGCUAAUCACUCCAGCCUCCAUCACACAGUCCAAUGAAAAGCAUGCCCCAACCUACACAAUCCCGUUGAGUCCCGUUCUCAGUCCCACUCUGCCAUCUGAAGCUCCUACUACACAGGUUCCCCCCAGCUUACCUCGAAACAGCACCAUGAUGCAGGCAGUGAAGACCACGCCUAGACAGAGGUCUCCACUCCUGAAUCAGCCAGUCCCUGAGCUAAGCCAUGCCGGUCUGAUUGCCAGCCAGAGCCCCUUCCGGGCCCCAUUGAACAUGGCGAACACAGCUGGCACAUCCCUCCCAAGCGUUGAUCUUCUCCAGAAACUCAGGUUGACCCCACAGCAUGACCAAAUACAGACACAACCACUUGGGAAAGGUGCAAUGGUAGCCAGCUUUUCUCCGGCAGCUGGUCAGCUGGCCACACCUGAGAGCUUCAUAGAGCCUCCCUCUAAGACAGCAGCAGCGAGAGCGGCAGCCUCAGCCUCCCUGAGCAACAUGGUGCUUGCUCCCCUUCAGUCUAUGCAGCAGAACCAGGAUCCUGAAGUAUUUGUCCAGCCUAAGGUGUUAUCCAGUGCCAUCCCGGUUGCAGGAGCCCCACUGGUUACUGCAACGACUACUGCAGUGUCUUCAGUCCUGCUGGCCCCAAGUGUUUUCCAGCAGACAGUUACAAGGUCUUCCGAUCUUGAGAGGAAAGCCAGCUCUCCUUCUCCUCUAACUAUUGGAACGCCAGAAAGUCAGAGAAAGCCUUCCAUUAUUCUCAGCAAGUCUCAGCUCCAGGAUACAUUAAUACAUCUCAUAAAGAAUGAUUCCAGCUUCCUCAGUACACUUCAUGAAGUCUACUUGCAGGUGCUGACCAAGAACAAAGACAACCACAACCUAUGACUGGAGCAGAGUAAGUCUAAAGGCAGAGUGCUAACCUCAGAGACAAAUAGGCUUCAUCAUGGAAACUUCUGAGCAGAACAUCGAGUUUGAGAAUCCUGAAAUUGAGCCUAUGAGAAAGAGACUCAUUUCUUAAGAAUGUUUUCCAAGUGACAUUCUCAGUGAUAAUGGAGGUUUCACUGUGAAGCAUCACCAGCAGACCUUUGUUUUGACAAAAAAAAAAAUCAUUGUGUUAAGUUAUGUGGGUGUUUUCAUCAGCUAGGAGCAAGGCUGUGGAAUAAGGAAUCUGAUUCUCAGCUCGCUUUCACUUUCAAGGACUUACAGAGGAGUAGUCACCAGCCUCACAGCAGAAGUUCAGCCUGGCCCCCACCGCUUGCCCCAGCCUACCCCAUAGAAACAGGCUUUGGGCUGACAGUCAAGUUCUAAACAGAGUAGAAGGCAGCUCUGUAAAGUAGCUUCGAGCUUUUAGGACCAGAAUUUAAGCCGGCAAAUUGGGAAUGAUUUCCUCAAGUGAAAUGUAUUUUAUAUGAAUGCCCCAUUUGGGCCUUAAAAGUUGUGAAAUUUCUUAAUAGUGUUUUGUUUUUAAGUGCCCCAGUCCUGCCCCGCAGCAGGCCCCCAGUGCAGCAUUACCGUUUGAAUAGGGCACUGUCAGGCUCUGGUGGUGUGAACACAGGCACGUCACACCUUUGAAGGAAGGCUGGGACUGGGAAUGCCCACAUCCUAUCAGAUCUUCAUUUUAGGUUGAACUCUCCAGUGGUUCUGAAAAUGCUAAGUUUGUGUGUGAAGCACAGCCUUAUUUUCCUUUUCUGUCAUUGUUGAUUGUUUUCCUUAACACUUUGACAAAAGGACCUGUGGACCAAUCUGACAAAGCCAUCCUGGUUCCUUUCCUUGAGUGUACUGAGAAUAGUUUUAAAGCUAUGCAGAAAAGGGAGCUGUUAUUCACACUGCCCUUAUUUUGUUGUAGAAUUAUGGAGUUAAAAGAAAAUGUGAUUCCGAACUCUACCAAUGUAUUCCUAGGCUGUGAGUACUUUCCCAGCCCAAAGUGUGAAAAUAUGUAAAGAAGCUUUGUUAUGCUGCUAUUGAUCUGCCAUGAUUUCUAUUUAUUCUUUUAUAGCAUGUAAUGGUGUUUAGUAAUAUUUUAAUGUAGAUUUUGAUUUAUUUCAGCAAUAGUAAUUUUAAGAUAUUCUUUGAAUGAAAGUGUCUUUGUUUCUAUGAUACAGGUCAUUUUGUAGUAUUUAACCAAUUAAGAUGCACUGCUUACUUUUUAUGAGCACUAUUUAAUGAUGGGGUAAAAACCCAAUUGGCUCAACCAGCUAGCAUAAGGAUUAGCUGUGAAUAAUGCUGACAGAUAUGAUGGUUCCUUGGGAACAAUCAUUUAAGCUUUAAUGGUAACUCAAUCAUAAGUCCAUAGAUUAUUUUUUUCUAGCUGAAAUUCUAGAAAAUUACUUGUGAAUUACAUACUUGUUUUAGUUUGGUCUUAGUUUUUAGCAUAAAGAAUGAUUGGCUUUUGUUGAUCUAAACAUGCUUCCUGGACAGGGUUUCUGCUUCUCAUUUUAGUGUCUUCUAUUGCUGUCUACCUAAUUAUGUGUGAAUUGUGCAGAAUUCAGGGAAGCUUAUAAGUUUUCAUGCUCAAUUAUGAAUAGUUUGUUUUCACAGAUAGUGUGUAAAUUAAGCAACCAAAAAUGAAUUGCUUAUGCAUCAUCUGGGAACGAGAAAGCUAUAGUAGGAUACAGAGUGUUGCUGACACCGAGAGAUGGUGUCCAGGGAGCCACGUGACUUCCAUAAAGUGGACGCACCAGUAGGUGUGAUUGCACCCCAAGUGUGGUCUCAGUGGGCUUUGGUGAACAGACGAAUCAAGGGAUUCUUGAAUUGAAAUUAUGCUUUUGAGUAUGUAAUAUUAUGAGAGAGUUAAGAGAGAAUAUCCUAAAGAGAGUCUGUGAUCAUAUUAAUUUUCACCUUUAAUGCUAGGAAUGGAUAUGAUAGACAGUAAAGAGAAUCUAUGAUAAGGCUUCCUUAGUGUGAAAGUAAACUUAAGUGCCCAAGUCAUGAAGAUUUGAAAAGGGUAAACCUGUUUCACCUCCCAAAUUUAUAUAUUCAAAGCAUUUACUUAAAAUUCAGAAGCCAGAAGUUCAUGUCAUGAUUACCAGGAAGUUCAGGCCAGAAUGAAUCUCUAGAGAAGCCAGGCCAAGCCUGGAUAAUUGCAGUUGGAUGACCCUGGCCCGAAAGUCACAGUUCAGUUGCCUUAUUCCUAGUUCAGGCUUACUAUCUAGAACCUCAUGCUAGCUUAGGUUGCAUGUUUACAUUGCUGCAGUGUCUUUACUGGAAGCUUAGUUGAAUCGAAAUGGACACCGAGAUGGAGAUGCUUCUGGCUAAAUUUCGCAGAACCCCAGGAGACCUGCAUUUAGACCACUCUGUCCAUUUUUGUGCCCACCUCUACCCCCAGGGUCUGAGUGUGGGCUCCAAGAUGAGCAGCCCGGAGCUUGUGGGAGAGGUGUGUCUGGGGCACCACCGGUGGGUGGUACUGCUCUUCUUUUUGUUGUAGUUAAUGUGUUGUCUUUUAAUGGACUCUCACACCUCCCAGACAGCCUUGUUCCCUUAAGGCAGAAGCUCUUCUUCACUGUGUCCCUCCUGGGAUUCAAAAGGUGUGAGAUUUGGCCUGCUUGACUUUGAAUUCAAGUUUUGCAAGUGACUCUCAGUGUCAGAAGCAUUUCAUGCUGUCCACAUGUGAUAUGUCCACAGCUCACCUUCAGAGGCUUAGAUGUAGCCAUCACAGAGAGUGGAAUUUUAUUAAGAACCCAAGUCCCAGCCUGACCAACGUGGUGAAACCUUGUCUCUACUAAAAAUACAAAAAUUAGCCGGGCGUGGUGGCGCACGCCUGUAAUCCCAGCUACUCAGGAGGCUGAGGCAGGAGAAUCACUUGAACCCGGGAGGCAGAGGUUGCAGUGAGCUGAGUCCGAGCGACUGCACUCCAGCCUGGGCGACAGAGCGAGACUCCAUUUCAAAAACAAAGAAAAAGAAAAAAAAAAAGUCAAGCUGGGCCCCUAUCUACAGGGGGACACACAAGCUUAGUUUAGUAUAUGUCUAACCAGAUUUUGCAUGUCAAGCAUUUGUUCUUUUCCUGGCUUAUGUUUUCUUGUAGAAAUUAUAUAAACCCUAUCAUCCACUACUAGGUAAAUUUUUAAACCAUGCAGCUUUAUUACUCUCCUCCCCCAAAGAAUGUAGUUUGAAAUUUUCUCAUUUCUGUAGUAGAGGCCCCUAACUGCCAUUGUAUUACUAAUAAUGCAACAUGAAAUUGAAGGUGCCUAACUGCUCAAAAAACAAAAUCAACCAUCAUACUGUAACUCUGAGAUGAAUGAGAGGUGGCACAGGCACGAGUGGGCUCAGCCCGUGUGAGUGAGGAGAACUGAGGAAUCACGGGGUGCACAUCCUGCAUCCUGGCUGCACAUUUGCUGCAGAGCACGUGUUUCUUUCUUGCCUCCCUUCGGUUUUCUUCAGUUGCGUUCAGUGUACCUUCUGGAACCAAUAGUGCUCUCUGUUUUCAAGUCUCUCAAAUGCUAAGAUCUGAGCACAGGCAAGCAGCUUACACUAGGCUUUUUUACAGCUGUGCUUGAGAACAUUUCCAAGUGGACCAGGGCCUCGAGGAGCUGGUUUUUCAGCAAAUUUAGCAGAUGUGUGCAGUGAUUCCCUCCGUUUUGUAUUUGACACCUUCAUUUAAAAUGCUAAGAUGCAAUAUCAUUCAAAGUGGGGAAAAUGCAGAAUUGUGUUUCCUUUUUAUCCGUGUGAUUCCUUAAGAAACAUGUUUUUAAAAUAUGUGUUCUAAAUGGUUUUUUAUUCUGUAUUACUGCUUUGGCCAUGUGGCUCUCAUGACUUUCAUUGUACCAGAUUCUCAGCUCCCUGAAAUGUGGGGACGAGAAGCUCUGGAAUUACAGCAAGGUUUUUGUUCCAUGAGCGCAAUACUGUAUCAUUAACAUUUUUAAUGGUAUGGAUUUUAUACCAUCUCUGUAUGUUUGCAAAUAUUAAGUUAUUACAUGUUUUAAAAUGAGCGUUUUUCAUCCUAAAUUUUAUAUGUUUGCAAAUAUAUUUUUUUAAUAAAAUUUCAAAACCAAGUUUUAGCACCUAC